AUUCUCCAUAUAUUCUUGAUCACAAAUUUGUUCUUGGCAAGCUCGGUCGAAAUGGCUAGCAGCGGCUCAUCACGGGGCCAGGACGAGCGCGCCGGGGCUGAGAUCGUGCAUGGUGCGGAGGAGUGCUACCGCCAUUCCAUAGACCUCCUGGAAGAGCUGGGGUUCCCCAAAGGCGUGCUUCCCCUGCAGGACCUUGAAGAGUGUGGGAGAGUUCGAGAAACCGGGUUUGUUUGGAUGAAGCAGAGGGCCCCAUAUGAGCAUUUCUUUGUCGGGUCGAAUACCCGGGUCAGCUAUGCCGCAGAGGUGACCGCGUACGUGGAGAAGUUCAAGAUGAAGAAGAUGACCGGCGUUAAGAGCAAGCAGGUCUUUUUGUGGGUGCCCAUAACUGAGAUGAGCUUAGAAGGCCCUGAAAGCCGGAAAAUAUAUUUCAAGACUCCGAUGGGGAUAGGAAAGUCUUUUCCAAUCACGGCCUUCAUGACUGAGGAAGAGAAGCAGAAGUAUUUGGAGAAGGCCAAUCACGAAACUUCCUCAUGAGUCAUAAUUUGGUUAAUGCUUAUAUAUUAUGUUGAUCAUAAUUAAGGUCCUAAGGACUAAGGAGUACUUUGCAUCGGCCUUAAUUAUAUUUCUCUUGAUUUUACCUGCUAUUGUUUUGUAUUCUGUCUCUCUUUUGAUCAGUUUUGUUAGAUUUAUAUUAAUUAAAUAAAUAAUAUAUUUUAGCAUGGUA